AACUGUCUGUGUUUUCGUAUACACACGGAUACGUUCACGGUAUUAGAUUUUAUUUUGGGAUAUUCUAUAUAAUAUACCUGAUAAUAUCGUAAUACUGUUCUAUCAGGCGUCAUCUUAUUACUAAGUAAUUGCACAAGGUAAGCAAGAUGGUGGCCAUUUCCCUUCGUCACGUGCUUCUUUUCGCUGCUAUCAGCUACGCCAAGGUUUUCGCUGAGGAGGAGGAAACUGAUGAGUAUCCCAUUGAAGUAGAGGAACCAUAUGAUGAGUUGUUGGAGGAGGCUAAUGUCCAGGUUCAUGGUGCACCUAACGCCAUGUCCCUGAAUCUCCUCAUGCCCGUCAACACCCACCGCAUUCUUAAGACUUCUGAGUUCGACUCUGCACACACGCCCGUUCACUACAAGCCUCUUUUCCCCUUCAAGCUCGUUUCAGUAUCAUGGUCCGAGAGCCCCAUCUUUGAAAUCCCUGUUCCAGAGGAAGAGCAAGGCAAAGAGGAGAAGACUGAGGAGACUGAGACCAAGUCAGAAGAGGAUGGAGAGGAAGCCGAGGGCGCUGAUGAAGCCGCCCCCGCUAUACUCCACGCUGACCUCCAGAACAAGUUCAUUGAUGAAGUAGUUGUUUUCCGCAAUUGCUUUGACACCGCUGUUUCCGUCAAUGUCGAUGGUAAGCAGAUCUACUUCACUGCCACUGGCAAUGAAGCCGAGGACUUCGAGGAGGUUGAGGCCGAUGAAUACGAGAAGUUCAUGAACAAGAUUGCCAAGACCUUCACUAUUGACAUCAGUGAAACCGAUCUUAAGAGCGAAUGCCUUGUUGCUGAGGACGACAAGGUAUACGACCUGUCAUGGUACAGCAUCCACGCUGCCCCCUGCUACCUCGCCGACAAGGUCUUGUUCAAGGGCAACCCUCUCUGGGAGGCCACUGACAAGAAGGAGCACUUCGCUGGUUGCAGUGUUAUCAACGACGGUGACGACAGACUCAUUGCUCUUUCCAUCCGCAACGGACCUGAAAACCGCCAGAUUUACUUCUACGGUGUUGAUGGCGCCCUUAGGGAAAUUGACAACGAUGAAAUGGUAACCCACUACGAAGCCUUCAAGGAGAAGGAACAGGCUGAGAGAGAAAGAUAUGAGGCUGAAGAGAAGGCACGCUUGGAAGCCGAAAAGGACGCCGAGAAGGAAGAGGAAGAGAACAAGGAGGGUGCUGAGGAAGAUGAGGAGGAAGAAGAGGAAGUGGCUGAAGAGGAGGAAAUCACAGCCGACAUUGAGGAAUAAGGUAUUCAACACCCCUGAUUGUUAUAUCGUCAUCACGAUGAAAGCAUAGUAUUUGUCAAUUAGAUUUGUAAAUCUACCGUUAAGAUUUUGCUUUCUUUUUUGUCAUGAGGUAACGUUACUUGUAUGUGGCCUUUGGCAACACUCAACACACGUACUGUUUUGAUUUGGUAGUGACUUUGUCGACGCCAUCAAUGAUUUUGUGUUGGCUCCCAAACUGUAAAACUAAUGUAAUUUUGACCUUGU